AUGUCGGAGGCUCCACCGCCAGCGGCCUUGGCCAUCCCACCGCCCGCCGUGAGCAUCGACGUUACUCGUCCUGCCAACCAUCGCAUCCGUCCACUUGCGGCCCUAUCGACUUCCAACCCUUGCCCCUUAAACACUGACACCAAUGCUCCCCUCCCGCCUGCAACUCCACUGACGAGCAGAUCGACUAUAUUCUGCCCGCUCCCCGCUCGCAGUUUUGACGACCUGGGCAGUCCCUUAUCCCCGACGACACCUGUAAGCCCCAAUGUCCCGUUUCCGGCUAGCGUGACACGUUUGAGGACAAUUGCGGUCACGCUGAUGGCCUUGAUGUUCCUAGCGGCCAGUGCUCAAAAUGUGUAUCGGUACAUUAACCAGACGCCGCUGAUUAAACACACAAUUCGCACCACACAACUGCAAAUCCCAAACAUCAUAUUCUGUCUCAACCCAGAACAAUACGGAAACCCGAUCGCAACAUCUUUCAUCAAUGGAGACGCGGAGCCGACUUGCUUCGGUGAUAUUGCCCUUCAAACAAGCGACGAAAUCGGAGUGGUGAACUUAACUCAAUAUGUUCAACCAGUGACAUUGCCAUCCGAGGCGCAAUUUUUGACUUGGAGGUUACCUGACAACGCUUCUGUCAUUUGCCACCGAUUUUCCUCCCCGAAUUUGCAGUUUACGGCCUACUCGAAAGAGGCGUAUUCCGCUUCGGAGAACAGCGUUUCUGUUGUUACUUGCGGUUACGACUACAGACCCUCGGAACGAACGAACGCGAAUGGGAGAGAUUGGGAGAGGCGAAAUGAUAGACUGCACACCGCCAUCUUUACGGCCGGCAGUGAUGUCACACGUCUCUCUAAACUGCCAGCCGAGGUCGUGUGCAAUACUACGCUCGACGUGUACCUCACUUACGAGAACACAAAGGCACUGAAGGGUGAUAUGCAGACGAAAAUCAGGUGGGCCCUGGGUCAGAGUAUCGUGUGGUACUAUUCACAAUCAUUGGCGACCUACGUUGAUCCCCACCGCCUGGCCACGGGAAGGAAUUACAGUGCCUACAUCCGUAUAUCCGCCAUCAACGAGCUCGAAGAUAUCAACGAACCCAACGUGUACAUGGUCAGCGUGAAGGAGGAAGUCCCAUCUUUGUCACCGAUUGACAUCUUUGUUACCGUCGGAGGUGUCUUAUCCUUCCUCACGACGGUCUUCCUCUUCCUAUUCGGAUCGCGUCGAUUGACGCCAUUCGGGUUCGUCCACGCGAUCUUCUCGAGACAGAUGAAGAAGUACUUGAGGACCAAGUAUGGGGACUUCACAAGCUUGGCUGACGUGGCGGUGCCAAAACCUAAGCGGCCCAAGAGACGGAAGCAAAGAAGGAGCCCGAAGAGCCCUGAAAAAUCAAUGGAUGUGUACUCGGGCAGCAGUAACGAUGCGAAGAAGGCAGCGGGGGAAAAGGGAUUCCCGUUGACCUCGCCCGUCGCAAGCCUGGACAAAAACGGCGAAAAGGAACACUCUCCCCUGCGGUAUCCCUUCCCAGCCGAGACUCCGCAGGGAAGUCCAACGACGCCAGCUACACCCAUCCCGGCGAUAACAAGGAACGAUCCGUCUCCCACAUCUCCCAUCGGAUUCUCAACCCUUCCCUCACCAACCACCUCAAAUUUACAACACCACCAACAUUUCCUAGAUCUAGCCCGCCAACGCCGCUGGGUCGAAGAGCAGCGGCGCGUAGGCGGAUCGAGUGCGUGGACGGCGGCCGCUACUCCAACAUCCGCCGUCGGGGACCCGCGGAUAUUCCUCAGUUCGCCCGCAGAGCAGAGACAUCUGAGGGCGUUGGAGAACUUCUUGUCGGAGUUCUUUGUCGACACGGAUAUUGCUGUGCCGAUCGUGGGCAAGCUGACAAGGCGGAAGGGGAAGACUGGAGGGGACGUGGCUGGGGAUGGAAGUGGGAAGGACCCGGAGAAUAACGUCUGA